ACUAUAUGCAGUUGUCUAAGCGAUACUAAGAUGGUUAUACAAGCGCUUGCGUGCAAGGAGCAUUCUUCAACAAUGCAGCCCUCGACAGCCCGCUGGGAGUCUCGGUUAUUUUACUUACACCGCUAGAGAUGUCUACAUACUACUGAAAAGGUUAAGCACUACUUUGUUUGACUCCCGUCAACUUGGGUGAGAACUUGCUGCCAUGGAAAGCGACAUACGAGAGGUCCCCGUGCUUGAUAUUGCACCAGACCAAGCUAAGCACGAAGCAAGACAAUGGCUCAGCACAUAUCGGCACUUGCGGACACGCGUGCAAGCAGUUACUGCAGAAUUGGGCUCAGGACCAGCUUGCGAAGCUUUAAAGGGAAGGGACUUCAGCGAAGCCGCAUCCGCUGCCAGCAACAGCGCCUUGCAGCGUCUUCAAGCAGAACUUUGGUCGCAAGUGGAUGGUGCGCGCAAGGCCGUAAAACGAAUCAACCACCUGCUCUCCACCGCCGCCCCCGGCUCCUCAGCCCCCGUGGAGGCUCUGGCAGCCGCCAUCGAUUCCGCCGACCAGCAACUGGCUGGCGCUCGGGAGCAGCAGCGUGCCGCCCUGGAGGCGCUGUACGGCGAGGAGGCGGCGCUGCAAGCGGACAUCGAGGCCAUUGCCAACCGACUGGAUGGGGAGCUGGAGGGAGAGGCGGCACGGCAGCUGAUGGCGGCGGCAACGCAGGGGCAGGG